CCACUGCGACAGGUCGAAGACUUAAUAGGUGGCUGGCAUAUUUGAAGGUUCUCUUGAUGUGUGUCAUAUUUGGGGCAGGCGCCGACUUGGCACGUCGGUCGAAAGUACGGGACGUCCAAAAGACCUUCAAAACUCAUAAUUAUGCAGUGGCUAUUCUCCAAGUGCUAUAUUCCUUCCAAGGGUGGGAAAAUGGAACGCUGGUAAAACGCUUAUCCGUCGAAUCAAACGAUCUCUGGUUCUAAAUGCACGACAGGUCGCAGGAGAGAUACAAAGCCAUGAUAUCCUCCGCAAGGGCUUCAUUCGGGCAGUCUGGAUCGUCGGAUUGCUUUACAUGAUCAUCAACAUUGUAUAUGUUAGCAAUAG